ACAGUAAUAACUGUAAUUCACACUCUGUGUGCGUUGACAGUGGUGUUGAAGACGGAGUAAAUCUGGUUCGUAAAAGAGGGGAGAGGACAGUUUUGUCUGUAUUGACCUUCCUCGCACCAAAGCUGAUACAAUUGGGUUUUUGAAAUUUCACUCUGCUAACCCUUUUUUAAAGAAAGAGAUUGAGAGAAAGACUUCGCACCCAUUUCGCGAAUAGGGAUUUUGUUUUUAUCUCCAAAUUUGCAGACCCAGAAAUUGUUACGUUUCCCAUUUCGCGCUCUCCUUGUUGUAUGGUUGUUUUGAUGUGAAAGCGAGGGAGAAGCACAAUUUUGGAGUUCCAAACUAUAAGAAAGUGCUGUUACAAAGCAAUCCCCGUGAGUUUUUUUGUGUUGCUUGAAGCAGCGUCGCGCAUUAUAUGGAAGGGUUUGGUCUGUGAGGAUUGAAGUAGAGAACUGCGUAUGUACUAUGUUGAAGUUACUGUGAAGGAAUCUACCCAGUGAUUUGAAGGCUCAAAAGGACUACUGUUGUUCCUAAUGGAUGACAAGAAUAGAGACUUUCGCGAUGAUAUCUAAUUUUGGACGUGUCUUUUUCAAUUUGUACUGACCCUGUCCUUUAGCGAGUCGAAUUUUAGCUCAGUUGAGUUGAGAGGAAUCAAUAUCUUGCUUUCUGAGCCACUUGGGUAUCUGGAUCUCUCGGAUGUUUGCUCUUGUUUGUCUAUUUUCUCAGUUAUUGCGGAUGCUUUUGGGUUUCUUUUUUGUAUGAUUCUUGUGGAGUUGAUGUAAAUUGGUGAAAAGGGUCAUGUCAUUUUGAUGUUGUUGGUGUCCCGCGCUAUGACUGAAUUGGAAUAAGUUUGGUUGUCUGUGGUACAUGUCGUUUGUAUCCAAGACUUUCUGGAGCAUAGUAAUAAUGCAAGUGUUUUUGGUUGUGUCAUCAAGAAACAAUUCUUGUGUGUCUUCAAUGACAUUGUAUUGAUGGUUGCUGGAGAUCAGAUCUGCUGAAUUAUUAAGGAGGAGUUUGAACUUUGAAACAACUUCCUUGUGCUAAUGAGUAUAGAACAGAAGCAAGGGAAGCAAGAGAGAGGAGGAUCGGACGGGGCUGAAAAGGUGGUUGUUGCUGUUAAAGCAUCGAAAGAGAUCCCUAAGACUGCUUUGGUUUGGGCUUUGACCCAUGUUGUGCAACCUGGGGACUGCAUUACGCUUCUUGUCGUUGUCCCUUCGCAUAAUUCGGGUAGAAAGUUGUGGGGUUUCCCAAGAUUUGCUGGGGACUGUGCCAGUGGUCUCCGAAAAUCUCACUCAAGAACAACUUCUGAUCAGAAGUGUGAUAUUACAGACACCUGCUCCCAUAUGAUCCUUCAGCUUCAUGAUGUUUAUGAUCCAAACAAAAUAAAUGUCAGAAUCAAAAUUGUUUCUGGAUCACCUUCUGGGGCUGUAGCUGCUGAAGCUAAGAAAGCUCAAGCUAGUUGGGUUGUAUUAGACAAGCAGCUUAAACAUGAGGAAAAACGCUGCAUGGAAGAGCUACAAUGCAACUUAGUGGUUAUGAAGCGUACCCAACCGAAAGUUCUCCGCUUAAAUUUGGUUGGAUCAUGUAGGAAGGAAUUUGAAGUUGUCAGCCCGUUGCCAUCUGAAUCAUAUGAAGCUUCUGAUAAGAGUCCCCAAGAAAAAGGUGGCUCUUCAGAUUCUAUACAAGGACCUGUAGUGACUCCAACUAGCAGCCCAGAGCUAGGGACACCAUUUACUGCUACUGAAGCUGGAGCUUCGUCAGUGUCGAGCUCGGAUCCUGGAACUUCGCCAUUUUUCAUGUCAGAAAUGAAUGGAGAUCUGAAGAAAGAGGAGAUAUAUCUGACCGAGGAAACUAAAGAGAUUCAUGACUCUAGUUCGGACUCAGACAAUGAAAGUUUGUCUACGUCAUCUGCAACUAUGAUGUUCCAACCUUGGAUUGGAGAAAUUCUCAGUUCUCAUCUUCAAUCUUCACAACUCAUGGAGGAAAGCUCAAAAAGAAGCAGUGAUAGAGCUCAAGCAUCAACAACAAAAGCUUUGCUAGAGAAGUUCUCGAAACGUGAUACGGAAGCUGGAAUAGGAAUGUCAACAUACAGGAGUGACCUGGAUUUCAGUGGAAAUGUCAGAGAGGCAAUUUCUCUACAUGGAAAUGUGCCUCCUGGACCACCCCCAUUAUGUUCAAUAUGUCAACAUAAGGCACCUAUUUUUGGAAAGCCCCCAAGGUGGUUCAGCUAUGCUGAGUUGGAGCUUGCUACUGGUAGGUUUUCGCAAGCUAAUUUCUUGGCAGAAGGUGGCUUUGGGUCUGUUCACAGAGGGGUACUACCUGAUGGCCAGGCAAUUGCUGUCAAGCAACAUAAAUUGGCUAGUUCUCAGGGAGAUCUUGAAUUCUGCUCAGAAGUGGAAGUCCUGAGUUGUGCCCAGCAUCGAAAUGUUGUUAUGCUGAUUGGAUAUUGUAUUGAGGACAAACGAAGGUUACUGGUCUACGAAUACAUAUGCAAUGGAUCACUGGACUCUCAUCUUUAUGGAUGUGAUCAAGAACCAUUGGAAUGGUCAGCACGCCAGAAGAUUGCUGUGGGAGCUGCUCGAGGUUUGCGUUAUCUUCACGAAGAAUGCAGAGUAGGCUGCAUUGUCCACCGUGACAUGCGACCAAACAACAUCCUUAUCACUCAUGAUUUUGAGCCACUGGUUGGGGAUUUUGGCCUGGCAAGGUGGCAACCAGACGGCGACACCGGUGUGGAAACCAGAGUAAUUGGAACAUUUGGGUAUCUUGCUCCAGAAUACGCUCAGAGUGGUCAAAUCACAGAAAAAGCUGAUGUUUAUUCCUUUGGGGUGAUUUUGGUUGAGCUUGUUACCGGGCGAAAAGCAGUGGACCUUAAUCGGCCUAAGGGCCAGCAGUGUCUCACUGAAUGGGCACGACCUCUCCUGGAAGAAUAUGCAAUAGAUGAACUGAUAGACCCACGUCUUGGAAAUUGCUAUUCUGAACAUGAGGCCUAUUGCAUGCUUCAUGUGGCAUCACUAUGCAUAAGACGGGAUCCUCAUGGUAGGCCUCGCAUGUCACAGGUUCUACGCAUACUAGAAGGUGAUAUGGGGAUCGAUGCAAGUUACAUGUCAACACCAGGUUGUGAUGUGGGAAGCCGUAGUGGACGGAUAUGGGCAGAACAGCAUCAACAACGGCAGCAUCACAGUGGCCUACUCUCAGACGAGGUAUGUGAGGGUUUUGGUGGGAAGCACUCUCAUGAGACACUAAAUCCAGCUUUCCGGGAGAGGCACAGGGCCAAAGCUGGGGCUCCAUCUUUUGAAAACGAGUUUUGAGGAUCUAACCCUCUGUCUACUGCCUUGCCCCAUCCCCUAUUCCCCACUUACCUACAGAGAAGGGGAAAAAAAAAAUACACCUGUCUACUGCAUAUAUGGUAUUUUUGUUUACAUGUUCUUCUCCAUGGAGUUUACUAUUAAAUGCCUAUCAUUUGCUUCUGUAUAAAGUAGCAAGGAAUUAUGGUUAGUAAUGUCCUAAAGUAUUGUUGAAUUUAGUUAUGGUUUAAAUGAUUUAUGUAGCCACAUGAAUAUGGUGGUGCUUAUAU